CCAAACUACAGAUGCAGCGCUUCUGAUCUCAUCACGUUACUCUACUCUUCUCUAUUCUUUUAACUAUGAUGCACACAGGUGCACGGUGUCUUUUCUUCCUGGCUGCUGUUGUUCCAGGCGUCCACCUCCAGAGAAAUGACUCUGAGACUCAGAUCUACCGGCCGGUCCUGCAGCCCUCUGAGGCCAUUCCUAAAAUAGGGACCUACAUGCUGCAGAGCCUUGCUGGGAAACCCUGCAUCAAAGCCACCAUGGGAGCAGAGUACAUCGUCAUUGAAAAGAAGAAGACCUGGUAUUUCAACCUGGACCCCUCCAGGGUCAGGACCAGCGGUUACUGUGGCAAAGAAUCUGCUCUUCUGUCUGUCACGCUGCCGGACAACACUACCAGCCUGGAGUUCACCUUCAAAAAGGAAAAUAAUGUUUCCUAUGUCACCAAGCUGAGUGCUCGUGUGUCGCCUCUGCCUGUUUGCCAAAGAUGUGCCAAUAAGACUUACUCUGGCUUGUUGGACCAUUACAAAUUGUUUACAACAGCCAAUGGUCAGAGCUUCAAGUGCAAAUCUGACAGUCUGCUGCUGAUGUCGUCCGAGCUGAGGAUCAAGCUGGUCCAUCUGCAGAUGCAAGCCUUCACUCUGCCCAACGGACAGUAUGGAGAAGAGGUGGAGUGCUGGGCUGACUUUAACAAGCGAGUUGUUCCCAUCGUCAUCGGGGCCACAGUGGUGGGUUUCAUCCUGAUCACAGUGCUAACCCUCCUGUUCAUCAAAGACCGCCGCAGCCAAGGCUACGACAGGCUCUGAAUUUGCUGUGAAACUGGAUGCAGGGUUACUCCAUAUUUUAUACUCAGUUACUGUAACAAAAACAUUUAAAAACUUCUUCUCCUUAACCUGGACUUGACUUUUAUAAUAACAUAUAAAGGCCUGAUAUCUUAUAUCCAAACUAUAAAUGCGAAAAGUAUUGUUAAAUGUAUUUAUUUGACCUUUCUUUCAUUAA